AUGGAUGAAGAGAACAAUCUCGAUACGAUCGACGAAUCCCUCGAGGCAAAUGAUGUUUCUUUGACGGAUAUGAUCAAAGAAUCUCGAAUUUUGCAAAAUGAAAUCAACUCGAUAUUCGAUGCAUUUGUUGAAUUGAAUAAUCAAGUAAAGGACGAUAUAGAUGAGUUUUGUAACAUCUGUGAAAGUAGUAUUGUACAGGAUAAAUGA